AUGAUGAGCAGGAAGUACUGUUGGGUUAUAAGGAGGUAUAAUGGUAGUCACACAUGUACCCGAGCCACCAUUUCACAAGAUCAUUCGAAGCUGGAUUCUCUCACAAUUGCAGAAGCGAUAAAGCCAUUGGUUGAGGCGGACCCCUCCUUAAAGGUAAAGUCGGUCAUAGCAGAAGUGCAAUCGAAGUUUAACUACACCGUUAGUUAUCGAAAAGCAUGCCUGGCUAAGCAAAGGGCAGUAGAAAAAAUAUUUGGAGGUUGGGAAGCAUCGUAUGAAGCGUUGCCUAUAUGGUUUGAGGCCAUGUGUCAUAAGGAGCCAUCAACUGUUAUCCAUUUUGAGACUAUGCCUGCAUAUCAAGGCGAUGACUUGGUGGGUGAUAUUCGAAUACUGCAUCGAGUAUUUUGGAGUUAUUACCCCUGUAUUAGGGCAUUCAGACAUUGUAAACCAGUUGUGCAGGUGGAUGGGACUCACUUGUAUGGAAAGUAUAAGGGUUGUCUGCUAGUGGCAGUUUCACAAGAUGGCAACAACAAUAUUGUCCCAAUUGCGUUUGCUAUUGUGGAGGGAGAGACUUCUGAUGCAUGGCACUUUUUCCUAAGUAACCUUCAUCAACAUGUUGUCACUCGGGAUGGUGUUGGUCUAAUAUCCGACCGACACGAAUCCAUCAAUGCAGCUGUGGAACGCAGAUAUUCAAGGACGGUGCGGGAGUACGAACUGCGUUACCAGCGAUUACGGGAACGGGGCGAAGCGUAUACAAACUGGUUAAACCGAAUUCCUCGCGAACAGUAUGCAUUGCCAUUUGAUGGUGGAUACCGAUGGGGUCACAUGACGACGAAUCUUGUGGAAUGCAUCAAUUCAGUGUUGAAGGGUGCACGCAAUCUGCCAAUAACUGCUCUUGUGAAGGCAACAUUCUACAGGCUAAACGAGUUGUUCACCCGAAAAAGAGCGGAGGCAGAAGCGCGGAUUAGUGCUGGCCAUGUGUUCUCUGAUGUCGUGACCUCGAAGUUGCAUGCAAACCAGCUUGCAUCGGGAAACAUUCAGGUCAGUUGCUUUGACCGCCUGAAUGAGGUCUUUGAGGUGCGUGAGAUGCCAAGUGGACUGGAGUUUGCAGUCGAUCUACGAGGCCUUCGAUGUGACUGUGGUGAGUUCCAGGUGGAUCGGAUCCCUUGCAGACAUGUGUUCGCAUGUUGUGCGAACCAGCGACUGGAUUGGAAACUGUAUGUCCAUGAUGUGUAUAAGAUGGACCAAAUUCGGCGGGUGUACCGAGCAAGGUUUAGGCCACUAGGUAAUCCUACAACAUGGCCUGCUUACAACGGACCUCGGUUCGUACCGAAUCCGUACCUUAGACGCGUCACGAAAGGUCACCCCAAGAUGACCCGCUUCUUGAAUGAGAUGGACACGCGAAUGUUACGUCGUCCUAGGCGAUGUAGGCUAUGUGGAGCUGAGGGACAUAGUCGUAGCAGAUGCCGUCAGUCAGCUGGUGCAAAUGCCGGCGGAGAUGCUCAAUAG